AUUCAACGGAUCUGUUUUAAACACCAAUAACGGACUACCAAGGUGUAUAUGCUACAAUUACUCAUCUUAUACAGCUUUUGGUUAAAUGGUCAGAAACAAAUAUAACAAUGCCAAUUUCUUUGUAAAUUGGGCAUUAAAUAAAAUAAAGAAAAGAAAACAAGAUCUAUGAAUUCUAUAUGAUCAAAGAUAUAUACUAUUGUGUAGGAGAAGAAAACAGCUAUCAUGGCUCCAAUUUCAGGAGUUGUAUCAAAUUUUCCAGCAUUAAUCCCAGCUCCAUCAAAGGUUUUGAAAGGAAGAUCAUUAUUAUCAAUUGAUAACACCCCAAGUUUCUUUAGUUUGAGACCCAAUUUACCUUCUCAACUUGGUAGAUUGCAUGUUAAGGUUGAUCAUCUUCAAGAACAUAUGCUCAACAACUUUGACCAGAGUGUGAAUUAUGGAGUUGAAAAGAGAAGGUUUACACUAGAUGAGUAUGUUGUGAGUCAAAAUUUCUUGGUUAGACUCUAUGAACUUGAUAUCCAUCAGAAAGCAUCCUUGGAAGCUUUGCUCAAUUAUACUCAGGAAACUGGUUUGAACCUAUUUCAAAGUUCAGGACUAGUGGUAGAAGGGUUUGGAGUCUCAAAGGAGAUGACAAGUCGAAACCUAAUUUGGGUGAUUGGAAGGAUGCAAGUAGAAGUCAAUUCUUAUCCUUUAUGGGGUGAUAUAGUUAAGGUUGAGACUUGGUGCUCAGGCUUGUCAAAACACUGCCUUAAAUGUAGCUCUGCCCUAACUGAUGCAAGUACAGGAAACAUCUUCAUGCGAGUUGACAGUGAAUUUUUGAUGAUUAAUGAAAAAACAAGACGUCUGUCGAAAAUUCCAGAGGAGAUUAAAGCAAAAGGAGAUCCUUAUGUGAGAGAUUAUCUUGAUCCUUUGCCAAGUAAUAAGGAUGAUAAGCUUAGAAAGUUGCUUAAACUUGAGGAAGAUCAAGCGGAUCAUAUUCUACGAGGAAUUAAGCCUUUAUGGUUCGACUUGGAUCCCAAUCAACAUGUGAAUAAUGCUAAGUACAUAAGCUGGAUUCUUGAGGGAACCUCAGAAGCAGUAAGGGAAAAUUAUGAACUAGCGGCAAUUACUUUAGAGUAUCGGAGAGAAUGUGGAAGAGAUAGUGUGUUAAAUUCUCUAUCAGCUUCAUCCAAUGAUGUUCCUCAUGAAUUUAAUCAUUUGCUUUGUUUAGAGAAUGGCAAUGAAGUCGCAAGAGCUAGAACCUUAUGGAGAAACAAGUCCGCCAAAUAAAAGCAUAGUUUUACAGUAUCGGAAAAUAUUAAGUUGUCCAUCCUAAAAUUUCACGAAUCGUACCGAAAAAUUGGGUGAUAGGAGAAUUUCAAUAUCUCAUGUAUGAUGUAUGGUAAGUGAACAAUAAACUUGUUUCAUUACAACAACACCAUGAGUUGAUGGGGCUAUGAACUUGUAAGGACCAACCGUUACCUAUAUUUAUUUCAUGUACUUUAUUGCAUUUAAUUUCUUUGAUUAAAAACUACUAUGUAUGGUUUUAGUCAAUUUUAUGAGAUUGUGUAACGUAGUUCUGUAUAUGCUCUUUUCAUCACCUUGAAUAAAAUCUUUAUGCUUUCCUUUUCAUUUAA